UCAAUUCGUAAUCCUAAUUGUUGUUUUUGUGUCGCAAAAGAAGAAUAGCUGGAAUUUGUCGGUGAAGAAGCGAAAAAGUAAUAGAAAUAUAAGGAAAAAACGAAGUAAAAAACAAAACAAGUGAAAUUUUUUAAAACAUACAAAGAGGUAGAACUAAAUUGGUUCGGUCAUGGCUGCUGGUACAACACUACAGAAGGCCAUCGAUUUAGUGACUAAAGCGACCGAAGAGGAUCGCAAUAAAAACUAUGCUGAGGCUUUGCGUCUGUACGAGCAUGGUGUGGAGUAUUUCCUUCAUGCCAUCAAAUACGAGGCCCAAGGUGAAAAAGCUAAAGAUUCUAUACGGGCCAAAUGUUUGCAAUAUUUAGAUCGUGCCGAAAAACUUAAGGAGUACUUGAAGAAGGGCAAGAAAAAGCCUGUCAAGGAGGGUGAAUCGAGUUCCAAAGAUGAUAAAGAUAAGAAAAGCGACAGUGAUUCGGAUGGCGAUGAUCCGGAAAAGAAAAAACUACAAAGUAAACUGGAGGGUGCCAUUGUCAUUGAAAAACCACAUGUCAAGUGGUCUGAUGUUGCCGGCUUAGAUGCCGCCAAAGAGGCCUUAAAGGAAGCCGUUAUUCUACCCAUUAAAUUCCCUCAUCUCUUUACGGGCAAACGUAUUCCCUGGAAGGGUAUUUUACUUUUUGGUCCACCCGGUACCGGUAAAUCAUAUUUGGCCAAAGCUGUUGCCACCGAAGCAAACAAUUCCACAUUCUUUUCGGUAUCUAGUUCGGAUCUCAUGUCCAAAUGGUUGGGCGAAUCGGAAAAGUUGGUAAAGAACCUCUUCGAAUUGGCCCGCCAACAUAAGCCCUCCAUUAUAUUUAUCGAUGAAAUUGAUUCAAUGUGUUCGGCACGUUCCGAUAACGAGAAUGACAGUGUUCGUCGCAUCAAGACCGAAUUUCUGGUACAAAUGCAAGGUGUCGGUAAUGACACGGAUGGUAUUUUAGUGUUGGGUGCCACCAACAUUCCAUGGGUUUUAGAUUCGGCUAUUCGUCGUCGUUUUGAGAAACGUAUCUAUAUACCCUUGCCGGAGCCACAUGCCCGUUUGGUAAUGUUUAAAAUUCACUUGGGCAAUACAACACAUGUCCUGACCGAAGAGAAUUUACGCGAAUUGGCUGGUAAAACUGAUGGGUACUCUGGUGCCGAUAUCUCGAUUGUGGUACGCGAUGCCCUUAUGGAACCCGUUCGCAAAGUACAAACAGCAACACAUUUUAAGCGUGUUACUGGUCCCUCUCCCACAAACAAGGAAAUCAUAUGUGACGACUUGCUGGUACCCUGCUCCCCAGGCGAUGAUGGAGCCAUCGAAAUGAGCUGGGUAGAUGUGCCCGGUGAUAAAUUGUUCGAACCACCUGUAACAAUGCGCGAUAUGUUAAAAUCAUUGUCACGCACGAAGCCAACCGUCAAUGAAGAUGAUUUGAUAAAGCUGCGUAAAUUCACAGAGGACUUUGGUCAAGAGGGCUAAGCGGCGGGUGCAGAAUAUAAA